AUGUGCUGGAGGGACAGGGCCGGCGACGGACUUGAGCACGAGAGCCAUGGCAAGGUCGGCCCCGCCCUGCUGCGCAGUUGGGGGGCCUCCCCCUCCAGCCUUGCGGGCGCACGCCGCCGGGGCGGCAGCCGCUCGGGCCGCCGCGCCAGCGCCCGCGGCGCCGUCCUCCUGGCCGCGCUGCCAAUGUUCCGCUUCCAGCGGCGUAGGGACCUGCAGCUGCGGAGCUGGCAGGGCGUGGAGGACCGGAGCGAGGUGCAGGGCCUGGGCAAGCCUAGCAGAGUCUACUGCCUCCGCUCUUUCCUGCCAAAGGAGCAGGUGGCGGAGUUGCGGGAGUACCUGCGCAGCUCUGAAGACUACGAGAUUUCCUCGGACUCUGUAGACGAGGCUCCGACCUUCGAGUUCUACCCUUGCGCCCGCGGGCGCUGGCGGGACUCGGUCUUAGAGCGCCUGCUGGGCCCUGCGGCGGAGGAGCUCCAGCAGCUGCUGAAGCAACGCCUGGGCGCAGGUGCGCUGUCUGAGGUCCUGGUCCGUCGGUAUCUGCCCUCGGAGCGCCGGGGCCACGGGCUCCACUACGAUGGCCACGCCUUCGUGACGGCGGUGCUGGGAGUCUCCGAGGUGGAGGACUUCCGUGGAGGACUCUUCCUGCAGAGUGAGGCCCACCUGAGCUCCCGGCGUUAUGUGGAGCUGAAGCCGGGGGAUUUGUUAGUGCACUCCUUCGACCUGCAGCACGGAGUGGAGGUGCUGGAGGGGUGCCGCUACAGCCUCAUCUUCUGGUUCAAGGACUCCGAGGAGUCGGUGCUGGCCAGCACGACGCCCUGGUACGAUGAGCUGGCGGAGGCUGAGGACGUGCAUGCGCUCUACAACCUGGGCGUGCAGCAUGAGCUCGGUGUGUCGGGCAAGGAGCAAGACCUGGACCUGGCGCGUCAGUUCUACCGCCGCAGCGCGGAGCAGGGCCACCCCUUCGCGCAGAACAACCUGGCGCUCCUCUGCGAGGAGCCCGAGGCGGGCCAGUGGCUGCGGCGGGCCGCGGCCCAGGGCCACGCCACGGCGCAGAUGAACCUGGCGGCACAGGUGCCGGAGGCGGAAGCGGUCGUCUGGAUGCGGAGGGCGGCAGAGCAGCUGGAUCCCAAGGCCGCCUACUGCCUGGGCGAGAUGUACCAGCGCGGCUACGGCAUGGCUCCGGACCUGUCGGAGGCGCGGCGCUGGUACCGGCGCAGUGCAGACAGGGGCCACUUCCCCUCCCUCACGCAGCUGGGCCUCCUGAGUUUCGAGGAGGGAAAUUUCGAGGAGGCCCGUGGCCUCUUUGAGGCAGCCUCCUUGGGGGACUCAGAGGCGUUUGGGCACCUCGUGGCUGCAAGGGCGCUGCUCGGGGAGAAGCCGCUGGACAUCUGGCAGGAGCUGGCGGACGAGGGCCAGCCUGAGGCGCUGUUCCAGCUGGGCAUGAGUUACCUCAACGGCGAGGGUGUUAGCGUGGACGAGGAGAAAGCGUUUCGGCUGCUGCAGACGGCGGCGGAACUGGGCCACGGCGAUGCGGCCGAGUGCUUGUGGCACCUCGAGGAGGAGGAUGAUGGCGAGUAUGCACCAGCGCUGGACGGAACAAGCGUUGGCCCUCGCGAGAUGCAUGAAGAAACGACGAUUCACCACGAGUCGACGGGUGGAUGUCACACCAACAAGAUGAUUGGACAAUCCAAGAACCGGCAAGACUGGUGGGAGAGGAAGUGCAAGGACAAGAACAAAGAUGAUUGCAAGGCCAAGAAGGAGUGUGACUGGUCUGGCUGGUGGUGA